AUGCUGCAGAUGCAUGGUGGAUGCUGUAGAUGCAUGGUGGAUGCUGCAGAUGCAUGGUGGAUGCUGCGUCAACCUGCCUCUCUCUUGCCACUCUCCGUUUCCUCUGUCCCCCCUUCCCUCGCCUCUCUCCCAUCACAGGUGCUCCCAGCAGGGGAAUCAGCCUCGGCAGGGUGUGCAGUGGCAAUAGUGGAUGAGAGUCUGUCAGUGCACGUGCUGCUGAGGGGGAUGGUGGUGGUGCUCCCAGCAGGGGAAUCAGCCCCAGCAGGGUGUGCAGUGGCGAUAGUGGAUGAGAGUCUUUUAGUGCACGUGCUGCUGAGGGGGAUGGUGGAUGUCAAGGCGGAGGCACAGAAGCUGGGCAAGCGCAAGGGCGAAACAGCCAAGCUGCAGGAGGCUCUGGCCAAGAAGAUGGGUGUGCCGGGGCUGCAGGAGGCUCUAGCCAAGAAGAUGGGUGUGCCGGGGCUGCAAGAGGCUCUGGCCAAGAAGAUGGGUGUGCCGGGGCUGCAAGAGGCUCUGGCCAAGAAGAUGGGUGUGCCGGGGCUGCAAGAGGCUCUGGCCAAGAAGAUGGGUGUGCCGGGGUACGAAGAGAAGGUGCCAUCAAACGUGCGAGAGGAGAAUGCCAGCAAGGCUGCCAAGCUGGCGGCUGAGCUAGCGAGCAUUGACGAGGCGAAAAAGAACUUUGAGAAGCUGAUGCUUGAUGAAGCCUCUGCGUGA